AUGUCCAACAACAACAGACACAAGCGACAGAGAUCAUCAGCUAAUCCCCAACAGUUCCACCUUGAAAAUAACCAUCCUUACCUUUCCCAAGAUGACAGGCCUCCGCCUCCUCCCCUUCAGUCCAGACCCGCCCUGCAGCUGCUUCAUGACUCGGCUCGUUACCCUUCCAUUAAUGCAUCUAUGCCCGCAUCGUCCCACAACCUUCAUGGCAGUUACUCGGUGCCCGCCAACCUCCAGGCCUCGUCGUCUUCAUUUCUUGACCACCUGGUCCCAUCCACCACCCACCUGGCCCCACAGCUGUCGGUGAUACCCCAUCAUCCGCCGCCAAUCACCGACUUUAAUGCUAUACCACUGGUGUUUUCUUAUACAGGCAACUUUGAAGAGCCUCUGGACCUUUCGACUCUGGGUGACCAUUUUUUAGCCCAGCAUGACUAUACAUCCCAUCAACCUCCACGUCCACAAACUUCCUCAUGGGUCUCCGCCCCGGAUGUGUUCAGUCACAACAAGAACAUCUCCAUUUCUUCGCAUUUCGACAUGUUCACCUUAAACGAACACCAUUAUGAAUCGCCAACGGCACGUCAGGUGCCUUCUCUGUCUCAACUCCAGAUCUCUCACCUGAUUCUGGAGCCGAACAGGCUGCCAUACCUUCUGCUGUUGCGUAUGGCCAAUGCCCCAACAGACCAUCAGCCACAACUUCAGCAUGCGCUGAUUCUUCACGAUGCUCCUCGAGCCCCCAACCUUUAUGACCACGAGAGGUCAUCACAGAUCAAUUCGGAUGAUAGCUCGACCCAGACGAGAUUGCUUCGCAACAUUGUCAAAAUUGACGCCUUCAAUCUUAAUUCCUACUUACUCAGCAUAUUGAAUGAGCUUGGUACACCUCCAUCUUUGGAUGACUUCUAUAACAUCCUUUACAAUAAUGAGACAUUUACUUCAUAUAUUCAGCAGAAUGAGAUGCUGCCGAAAAUCGACAAGUCGAAUCUGUUGCCAACGUCAGAGUCCAUGGAUUUGCUUCAUCUGAUUCUCGACGUAUUCCGCGACCCACAGUCGCUCAUCGAAUACUUCCCCAGUCUCGAUAUGAGCGGGAAUAAGCUCGCCAGUGUGAAUUUCCAUGAACUUCUACGGUCGUUCUUGGCAUUAAAGAUUCUCUUCGACUCACUUGUUGAAGUGAAGGAGAGUUCAAACUCUCUGGAUUUACCAACUCUCCCUCGUCUUUCCAUCUACAAGGUGUACUAUAUUUUGUGUCAAAAGCUCAUUUUGAAGUACCCUACGAAGUCCAAUAGCACCAGUUUACAGCAGAAGUUGAUUUUAGGUCAGUCCAAACUUGGUAAAUUAAUCAAGUUGGUGUAUCCUAAUUUACUCUCCAAACGGUUGGGUCGUCGAGGUGAAUCAAAGUACAAUUAUUUGGGGGUCAAAUGGAAUCCUAAUAUUGUGGACGAUGAAAUAACCGAGUUGUGUGAAGAAGAUAUCACAAAACUUGCAGAAAUCUUCAAGAAUGAAAAGAAAAUGAUGGACAUCCGCCGAAAACGAACUCUGCCAUCUCGUCAUCUGGCCCUGUCACAUCGCAGGCCCAGUAUCCAUCGCAGACAAAGCAUUAUCAGCACCAAUUUGUCACUGAUGCCUCUAAAUGAGGGCCGGAUUCGUCCUCUGAUCACAUUUGUUCACAGCAAUACCAAAUUUCCACUUCAAGGAUUUUCACCUUUAUCUUUAGUGUCAAAUCCUGAAAACGUUGAUCCACGUACCAGCUGGCUAGGUGCUGCCAGGCACCAUUCCCUUAUGGCACUUCAAGACUAUAAUAUCGAUUUGCUGACAAUCCGCAAUGUUUUACUAAACGAGGCAAAUUUAGCUUCUGAUGAAAAUUGGCUCUUCAAUGAACUUUCGGCGAGAACAGAGAUGAUCAUUUCAUCCGCCUUUAGAGAAGACAAAGAUUAUCUCCACCUUUUUUUGGCCGUGGCCAUUGAUAUCUUACCUUCGAUUCUUGUGCAUGAUUCGGUCAAGAAUCCAAACAUGAAAAAUAAUCUCCGGCUGCUAGCUAAAAAGUUUGGACUGCGAUUCAGUCAAACCACUCCCAUCAUUGAUUCCUCUGACAUCAAUGCAUUUGUCGGGAUUAUCAAACGCAUGGUCCACCUUACCGAGUUGCUUGGCUCUCUAUGUCUGUCGAUCCUGGAUUCGACAUUGCUUGAGGACAUGCGUGGUGAUUUGGAUAGAUUAGCGAUGACUUCCCAAGAUUACUACAUUGAAGAAGAGACACCUUUAUCUCGACUUCGAGUAAUCAUCACUCAGGGAAUCUUACGAACACUUAACUCUUAUCAAUUUCUCCAAGACGAGGAUGGCAACCACUUAUCUACGGAACGAGUCAUUGAACUUGUGCAGCGAGAUGCCCGAUCACUUCUGAACUCCAUACUUGAAUCACUAUCGCGAUUCAUCCAGAACACAUCCACUAAGAUUCACGACACUAGCGUCAGUUCCGCACUGGAAUUAAGCACCACGGUGUCCACUCACUUGGUGGAUCUUCUCCAUUCAGAGUUGGUCACCGACAGCUUGACAAAACGCUACCCGAUCGUGGUGGUCAAGGACAUGGUAACGUACAUUUCCAACCAGGUGCUCACGUCAGUUUACAAUGAAAACCUUAAUCUCAACCAGGGAGGCACAGGGUCGUUGAAUCCGACGUUCCGCCAUUGGUGGAUUCUCGCUACGUUAAUCCAAGAAUACUUGGGGCUCUUGAGUGAACUAGUUGGGCUCUACGAAACCUUGUCAUAA